GUGACUCGUUCUUUCUUUCAAGACGAGGCCGGUUCGAGAGAAAGCCGCGUGGGUAGGGUCGUAUAUAGUUUGAGUUAAAUUUUCUGCUAAAAUCAUAAAAAUGGCUGAUGAAAUGCAGCAAGAUGAAGGCUUCGAACAGUUUGAUAGUCAAAAUGGAAAUGCAGAAGCAGCCGAACCUACAGAAGCCGAACCCGAACAGAUUGAACAGUCCACUGGUGGAGGCGGCGGAGAGGAAGAUGAGGACGAUGAAGACGACAGAAAAGUCUUUGUCGGAGGAUUGAGCUGGGAAACAACCACAAAGGAUCUCAGGGAAUAUUUUGAAAAAUAUGGAGAAGUCACCAACUGCACACUUAAAACAGAUCUCGAGACAAGAAAAUCCAGAGGAUUUGGAUUUGUCGUUUUUGGUUCACCAGAAAGUGUAGACAAGGUACUAAGUGAAAAAGAACACAAACUGCAUGGAAGAAACAUAGACCCCAAGAGAGCUAAUCCCAGGCCAGUCAACAAAAAAGUCUUUGUUGGAAGACUUGACCCAGCUAUAACAGAAGAUGAAGUGAGGCAGUACUUUGAGGCAUUUGGACCUGUUGAAAAGCUUGAGCUUCCAUUCGACAAAACAAAAGAACAAAGAAGAGCAUUCUGUUUUGUGGAAUUUAAGAAAUUGUCAGCUAUGAAAAAGUGCUUGGAACAGACGAAUCACAAGAUUGGAUCCCAAGAGGUUGAAGUAAAAAAAGCAACGCCCCCAGGAGGGGCAGUGAGAGGAGGCCCAAGAGGAAGAGGAUUUGGACCAGGUGGAAGAGGAGGCCGUGGAGGUGGAUUCCAGGGUGGCUAUGGGUACAAUCAGGGCUAUGGUUACGGUGGAUAUGGAGGCUAUGGUGGAUAUGACCAAAGCUAUGGCUAUGGAGGCUAUGGUGGAGAUUACGGCUAUGGCAGUGGCUACGGAGGCUAUGGCAGUGGCAACUGGAACAAUGGUGGCUAUGAUCAAGGCUAUGGAUAUGGAUAUGGCGGUUAUGAUGAUUGGGGCUAUGGACAGGGAGGAGGUCAGUCAAAUUACGGUAAAGCGCAAAAGAGAGGCGCAGCUCAUGGAGGCUAUCAUCCUUACAAUCGCUAGGCAGGACUACUACUACUGAAUGCUGACAUUGAUGAAAGAGCAUUUCUGUGAAGUUUUGCCAACAUUGUGGAUUUUUAGCGCAUUUUAUGUCAUUUCAUUUCUAUGUGUUUUACUGUAUUAAACUGCCAUUUUUUUUAAAAACA